UUUUUUUUUCUUUUUUCUUUUUACAGAUCAUUUCUAAAUUCGUUUUGCUUGGAGCCAAUGUGUAACAGAGUUUGGUGCACAUGUGCAGACAACUGUUCAUCUUUGGUGUCUGAGUGAUGCAGUGAAUACAUGACGUGUUGUUAUUUGUCAGUCAACCAAAUUAAAAAUAGUUUCCUAGUUUUCUCGCAGCAGUGAUGAACAUACACCUCAGAAGGCACAAAGAGCAUCCUUCACGUCUGGUGAAUGGCUAAACUAACUGAGGGGUACCUGAACCAGAUAGAAGGUCUGCGAUUGUUGGUCCCCCUUUAGUGAGAGCGUAAAACUCAAAGACUGACAGACUGUGCUGAAGCCACUGUGACUCUGGCCUCAACUUUCUCAUCAACAUCAGAAAUAAAGUGCACAGGAAGAGGAAGUUGUCACCUACAUGUUGAAGUUGUGUUUCAGUCUGAGGCUCAGUCAGUCAGCAGUGAGACAUCAUGGAGGUCACAGCUCUCUGCUUCAGACUGAUGAUGCUUCAACUCAUUUUACUGAGGACUCAAGCUCAGAACAGUUACACUCAGAAAACAGAUGCAGAUUUCCUUCGUAUCACUCCAAACAGACUGCAGUACUUUGAAUUUGAACCAGUUUCUUUUGAAUGUGUUGGGUUUGGUGGUCUGAGCGACCUGAGAGUGAUCAGGGAUGCUGAGGAAUUCAAACCAGUGUGUGAUAUAAAGAGGACAUCAAUGGGGUCCUUCUGCAAAAUAGAGAGAGCCUAUCCAUCAGACAGUGGAGAAUACUGGUGUGAGACAAAAGAAGGAGAGAGAAGCAGCACAGUCAACAUCACUGUCACUGCUGGUUCUGUGAUCCUGGAGAGUCCUGCUCGUCCUGUGAUGGAGGGAGAUGAUGUGACUCUGCGCUGCAGAAACAAGACGACCUCCACCAACCCCCAAGCUGAUUUCUACAAAGACGGACAAUUAAUACACAGCAGUCCUGCAGGGGAGAUGAUCAUUAACAAUGUUUCCAAAUCAAGCGAGGGGCUCUAUAAAUGCACAUUUACGAGUUUUGGAACGUCACCAGAAAGCUGGCUGACUGUGACAGAAUCUAUACCACAUGCCAUUUGUAAUGGUACAGCAAAUCCUGUUUCUACCACCUCUCCACCACCUCAUCCAGCACCCCACUCAGAUGGCUCUGACUCCAAUGAAGUCUCCAUCCUGCUGUGGAUCGUUGUCGCCAUUUUAACGUUAGCUCUGGUUCUGCUGGUGGUGGGAUUUCUUCAUUUUAGGAAACUCAGAGUUUCCUCAAAAACACCAACAGCAGCAUCACACUCAGUCUCUGCAGAGGACGAUGCAGAUGAUCCAAACAGAGUGACGUACGCAGUUGUCACAAAACCGAGGAAGGAUGAAGACGCUGCAGACGCUGCUGAUAAUUUGAGCCUCUGCCUUCAGACAAACCACAGCAGAGACCCACAGACAGAAGAAGAUGAGUCCUCACAUCAGCCUCUUUACUCUGCUGUGAACGUCACUAAGACUCCACAAGCUCUCCAGCCUGCUGAAUCAGGAUUAUCCAGCUCCACAGUGACCCUGAACGCCUCAGCAGACAAAGACUCCGGUCUGACAGAGGAAUGCAUUGCCUACUCUGUUGUCCAGGUCACAAAGAGCAGAGACUCCUGACUGAAGAAAGGAGAGACUGAUCUGUUGGACUAACAUCGAAGAGAGGAAGUGACAGAUAAUAAUUAGUGUAUUUAUGCGUUUUGAAGUUUUCUUACUUGGCUGUAAUAGGUCUCAACAGAAUUAGUUACUUUCACUUACUUUUUACUUGCAUUUUGUGUUUUCUCUGUAGUGAAACAAGUAGAAGAAAUAAAAUUGAUUUAAUUCAGCUAUGGCUGAGAGGUCAGGAAGAUAUCCACACACUACUUCCUGGUCUGAUGAGUAAUGAACUGUUUAUGGGAUACUUCGACUCUGAUGGAGGUCCUUUAUGGAUGACCUGUGCUCCUCAUGGAGUAGUGGUGUAGUAAUGAUGAGGGUGUGUAUAUACUCAGCACAACUGUAUUUUCUCAACAUAUUGUACGAUUCCUGUGUGAUU